AUGACCAAAAACAAUAUUAACUCAUAUGGGUUCGUUACCGCUACAGAAACAAAUAAUGAAAGACUCGAAUCAAGAGGCGAGCAAGACAAAAGAGACAUUUUCAUGGCUAUUAAUCACGAAAAAGGAGAUCUGACACGAAUCGGUAUUUCAGUUUUAGACCUACAAACCCAUGAGUUGUGUUUACUAAACUUUAAUGAUACUCCAUCAUAUAUGCGUGCCAUUAAUCAGAUCAAUGUCUUUAAACCAACAACUAUAAUUAUUCUGGAACCAGCGAUGUGUUCACAAUCUGAAAAACUUAAGUUUGUUGUUGAGUCAAAUACUGAGACAAACGUGCGAAAGUUGUUAAAGAGUCCAAAGUAUUUUGAUUUCCUGGAAGGCAUAAAUCUUUUGCAAACUUAUGUUGCCGCGGAGUGUAAUGAACUAAAAGAGAGUGUAUUUCAAGGACUGCUGCUCACACGUUCAAAACUAUCUAUUGGUGCGGCAAAUGCAGUUAUCAAUUUUAGCAUCAUGAACCAAGAAGUAGAACCAAAAUUCAAACUAAGAAUAUCUGUUACCGAAUGUGAUAACUUGAUGUUGAUUGAUCCCAAGACUAUCAUUGAUCUCGAGCUUGUUGACAGUUUAAAUGGUAAAGGAAUCACGCUAUAUUCAUUUUUGAAUAGAUGUUGUACAAAGAUGGGUGAACGCUUGUUGCGGUCUUCUAUUUUGCAACCAUUAACAGACAUCCCAAGCAUCAAAUUUCGUUUAGAAGCAGUUGCUGAACUCCUCCCUUCCAAUAACAACAAUAGUGUCUUGGGUCCUAUAAAAAAGUUGUUGAAGCAAUGUAAGGAUAUAGACAAGAUUGUUGUCAGUUUUCUCAACAAUAAUGACAGCAAGAAAUUUAGCGAUCAAAACAUAAACACAAUUUUGCUAUUAAAAACGGCUUUAAAUGCGAGCAUUGAGAUUGGCAAUACCCUUGACAUAUCUGAAGCAAUCUUGAUGAAACAGAUGCGAGAAAUAUUUAAGCAUGAAAAUUUGCUGGCUGCAGUGAUGUUGAUUGAAAAAUAUAUCAAUUCAGAAACGGGACCUGCUAGAAGAAGAUUAGAUUUAGCACACCAAAAGGCUAAUGCUGUGAAAAAUGGGAUUAAUGGUCUUUUGGAUGUGUCUAGAAGUGUUAGAGAAACAAUACUUGGUCAAGUCGAGGAAUACGUAGAAAAUCUCGCUACUAAAAAUCUGUUGGCCAUGGAUUAUAGGUUUGAAAACACUCGUGGUUUUUAUUUGCGAAUCAAGCUCUCCAAUGGCGCUGUGCCCUUUUGUUUACCAGACGAAUUUGUUAAUCGCGUAGUGAAAAAAAACGUGAUGGAGUGUACAACCAUUAGCUUGCUUCAACAAGGAGCCCGAAUGAAUGAUAUUGUUGGUGAAAUCAACAAUUUAAGUACAAUUAUCAUCGAGGAACUAUUUGAGCGAUGUAGAGAAUAUGUACCAAUAUUUUUGAUGAUGUCAGAAGCUAUUGCCAUAUUGGAUAUGUUGUGUUCUUUUGCAGACUUUAUCAACAUGCAAAAGCGUUCUUAUGUCUGUCCUGAAUUUGGAAACUACACUCAUAUUUGUCAAUCGCGUCAUCCAAUACUUGAAACUUUGGUCCCUGAUUUUGUUCCAAAUGAAUAUUCAAGUAUUCCAGAAAUUUCAAGAUUUCAAAUCAUUACUGGCGCCAACAUGAGUGGGAAAUCCGUUUACUUGAGACAGUUUGCUUACCUUGUGAUUAUGGCACAGAUGGGAAUAUAUGUCCCUGCCGAAUACGCAACAAUGUCCGUUUACAAUAGUCUCUAUUCUAGACUUUCCACUGAUACCUCCGAGAUUAAUGCUUCGUCGUUUACUAAUGAAAUGUCUGAGAUGAAUAGAAUUAUUAGCAACAUCAACAUCAAUAGCAAUACCAAUAACAACAGUUUGAUCUUAAUAGACGAACUUGGUCGCGGAACUAGCUUAAAAGAUGGUUAUUCGAUUUGCUUAGCAAUUCUCGAGUACCUUGCUCUAACGAAAGCCACAGUGAUCACUUCAACGCAUUUUCAAGAGGUGGCAGAAAUUUUGAGUAACAAGUCUUGUGUUGUAGCGUCCCACAUGCAGAGCAUAGAGGUGAAUGGGAAAUUGAAAUCGCUGUAUAAAUUACAACAUGGCAAAUUGUCGCAAACUGGGUAUGGUAUCAAGUAUGCUGAAUCAACACAGAUCUUACCACUAGAUAUGUUACAAGUCUCAAAAUCAAUUGCCGAGCGUUUGAGAACUUGCUCAAAGGCACUGUACAAUACUACUGCGAAGUUGGUUUCCAAAAGAAGAAAAUUGAUCUGGGAACUAUAUUUUGCUUUGAAACAAAUACACGAGUUGGAUUGCAAAAAUCAAUACAAGAUUGAUUUACUAAGAACAUUACAGGCUCGAUUUGUUGACGAGAUAAGCGAUGUACAGCCACUGGCCUAG